CGCCCGCCCGCAGCCCAAGUUCCGCGGAGUUGGCCGGGCGGCCCCGCGCCGCGCCCCCUUCCGCGUUCCGCCGUCGGCCGCACCUGGAGUCCCCUCCCCGCUGCCCGGGGCCCCGCGCCACGGCUCGAGCGCCCGGGGCGCGGCGCUGACGGCGGCCAGGGAGCACGCCAUGCCCAGCAGGACGGGCCCCAAGAUGGACGGGAGCAGUGGCCGGGUCCGCCUGAAGGCGCACUACGGCGGAGACAUCCUGAUCACCAGCGUGGACGCUGCCACCACCUUCGACGAGCUCUGCGAGGAAGUGAGGGACAUGUGUGGCCUGCGCCCACAGCACCCGCUCACCCUCAAGUGGGUGGACAGUGAAGGUGACCCUUGCACCGUGUCUUCCCAGAUGGAGCUGGAGGAGGCUUUCCGCCUGGCCUGUCAGCACAGGGACGAAGGGCUCAUCAUUCACGUUUUCCCAAGCAUCCCAGAGCAGCCAGGCAUGCCCUGUCCAGGAGAAGACAGGCACCAGGUUCCCUCUGGGUGUCUCACAGGCUGCCCGCUAACCCAUCGGAUCACAUGGUUGGCAGCCUCUGCAAAGCACCUGAGAGCCUGGCCCAUUAAAGAAUCCAUCUACCGCCGGGGCGCCAGGAGAUGGAGGAAGCUGUACCGUGCCAACGGCCAUCUCUUCCAAGCCAAGCGCUUUAACAGGAGAGCGUACUGUGGCCAGUGCAGUGAAAGGAUAUGGGGCCUCGCGAGGCAGGGCUACAGGUGCGUCAGCUGCAGGCUGCUGGUCCAUAAGCGCUGCCACGUACUCGUCCCGGCGACCUGCAGGAGGCAUAUGGAUUCUGUCAUGCCUUCCCAAGAACCUCCAGUAGAUGACAAGAACGGCGACGUGGACCUUCCUUCUGAGGAGACAGAUGGAAUUGCUUACAUUUCUUCAACCCGGAAGCAUGACAACAUUAAAGAUGAUUCUGAGGACCUCAAGCCAGUUAUUGAUGGGAUGGAUGGGAUCAAAAUCUCUCAGGGGCUCGGGCUGCAGGACUUCGACCUGAUCAGAGUCAUCGGGCGUGGAAGCUAUGCCAAGGUCCUCCUGGUGCGGCUAAAGAAGAAUGACCAGAUCUAUGCCAUGAAGGUGGUGAAGAAGGAGCUAGUCCACGAUGACGAGGACAUCGACUGGGUACAGACAGAGAAGCAUGUGUUUGAGCAGGCAUCCAGCAACCCCUUCCUGGUCGGCUUACACUCCUGCUUCCAGACGACAAGUCGGUUGUUCCUGGUCAUAGAAUACGUCAAUGGGGGGGACCUCAUGUUCCACAUGCAGAGACAGAGGAAGCUGCCGGAGGAGCACGCCAGGUUCUAUGCUGCUGAGAUCUGCAUUGCUCUCAACUUCCUGCAUGAGAGAGGGAUCAUCUACCGGGACCUGAAGCUGGACAACGUCCUCCUCGAUGCCGACGGGCACAUCAAGCUGACAGACUACGGCAUGUGCAAGGAAGGCCUAGGCCCUGGUGACACGACAAGCACCUUCUGUGGAACCCCAAACUACAUCGCCCCUGAAAUCCUGCGGGGAGAGGAGUAUGGGUUCAGCGUGGACUGGUGGGCACUGGGGGUCCUCAUGUUUGAGAUGAUGGCGGGACGCUCUCCGUUCGACAUCAUCACCGACAACCCAGACAUGAACACGGAGGACUACCUUUUCCAAGUCAUCCUGGAGAAGCCGAUCCGGAUCCCGCGGUUCCUCUCCGUCAAAGCCUCCCAUGUUUUAAAAGGAUUUUUGAAUAAGGACCCCAAAGAGAGGCUUGGCUGCCGGCCACAAACUGGAUUUUCUGACAUCAAGUCUCACGCCUUCUUCCGCAGCAUAGACUGGGAUCUGCUGGAGAAGAAGCAGGCCCUCCCUCCCUUUCAGCCGCAGAUAACUGACGACUAUGGACUGGACAACUUUGACACGCAGUUCACCAGCGAGCCCGUGCAGCUGACUCCCGACGACGAGGACGUCAUCAAGAGAAUCGACCAAUCUGAGUUUGAAGGCUUUGAGUACAUCAACCCGUUACUGCUGUCCACCGAGGAGUCCGUGUGAGGACAUGUGUCUGUGUCAUGGACGCACGUGACUGACCCUUUAACUUUACCCUUAACCACAGCAUAUGCAUGCCAGGCUGGGCACAGGCUCCAAGGGCAGCCUGGGAAGGACGCGUGCCUCUGAGGCCACAAAGGGAAGUGUCCAGCGGGCACUUCUCGGAGCAGAACAUUCUCUCGAAUCUGGGCCCGGACAGGCUGGCUUAGUGCUGGAGGAAUUUGCUGCCUGUGCCUGUGUCUCGGAGGACCCAAGGUGACCCUGUCAGAGGGGGCUGUCACACAGUUUUGAAGGUGCACAUUUUCGGCAGAAAACAGAACUCGAUGCACUGACCUGCUCCACCAGGAAAGUUAGCUUGUAAUGUCCCGAGGAAUAAAAUGUACCGGUGAUGU